GGUUUCAAACACCGGUUUCAUUUUCGCAGGUCAUCAAUAACAUGUAAAACAUUAAACUGUGACAAAACAUCUGUUAAGCAUUACGUUAAAUUUCUUUAGAAGAUUAUUCCACCUCAUUUCAAAGCAGUCAUGAAAGUAAAGGAAAUAGAUCGAACGGCUAACAUAGCUUGGUCGCCGGCUGCUCACCAUCCUAUUUACAUAGCUGCAGGUACUGCAGCUCAGCAGCUUGAUGCAACUUUUAGUACAACUGCAGCACUAGAAAUAUAUUCUCUCAAUUUGACCGAGCCAGGACUUGACAUGUGUAUGAAAGGAAGUGUUGUUUCAGAUUUCAGAUUUCAUAAAAUAGUCUGGGGCUGUGAAGGAAUGAAGACCUCUGAAAUGAGUAGUGGUGUGAUAGUCGGAGGUGCUGACGGAGGAAAUAUCAUGAUUUAUGAUGCUGCUAAACUCAUCCAAGGAGAAUCUGCUCUUUUGCAUCAUAAUGCAAAGCAUACUGGCCCAGUUCAUUCCCUUGAUUUCAAUAAAUUCCAGGACUGUUUAUUAGCAUCUGGUGCCUCUGAAUCUGAAAUCUUCAUAUGGGAUUUGAAUAAUCCUGCUGCUCCUGUUACUCUGGGUGCUAAAUCUCAGCCUCUUGAAGAUGUGACAUGUGUUUCUUGGAAUUGUCAAGUUCAACAUAUUUUAGCAUCCACUUUUCCAGCCCGAUGUGUUGUGUGGGAUUUAAGAAAAAAUGAGCCUAUAAUUAAAGUUUCAGAUUCAUCAUCUAGGUUACGUUGCAAAGUUGUUUGCUGGCAUCCUGAAGUAGCAACUCAAUUGUGUCUUGCAUCUGAAGAUGACCACAAUCCAGUUAUUCAGUUGUGGGACUUAAGGUUUGCUACAUCACCUUUAAAGACCCUUUUGCAUCACCAAAGAGGUGUAUUAUCAAUUGCUUGGUGUGCACAAGACCCUGAUUUGCUUUUAUCAUGUGGGAAAGACAAUCGCAUUUUGUGUUGGAAUCCAAAUUCUAAUGUUGAGAAUGGCGAGGUUCUGUGUGAAUUACCUGCUGGUAGUCAGUGGAGUUUUGAUGUUGCAUGGUGUCCAAGAAAUCCAGCCAUCAUUGCUAAUUCAUCUUGUGAUGGUCAUGUCAGUGUAUUUUCAUUAAUGGGAGGACAACAGCAAGUGCAGUGUAGCUCAAAAAUUGCUGAAUCAUUUCCUGGUUCUGAUACACUUACGCAACCACCUAAUGUUGACUCUAUUCAUCGUCACAUUUCUGUUCCUCUUCAAAGACCUCCCAAAUGGGUUCGGAAACCUGUUGGAGCUUCUUUUGGUUUUGGUGGCAAACUUGUGUAUUUUACACAUGAAGCUUCUGCUGCUCCUCAAGCAGGAGAUUAUUCUCAGCCUAGAAUUGUACAUAUCACUCAGGUUGUAACAGAACCAGAACUCUUAAAAAAAUCUGAAAAAUUGGAAUCGUCUUUAGCCAAUGGUAAUCUAAUUGAAUUCUGCCAAAGUAAAGCAGAUGCUAGUCAGACUGAACAAGAAAGGAUAACUUGGAAUUUUCUGCAGGCUACAUUUAACAGUGCUCCCAGGUCUCAGAUGCUGUCCUUGUUGGGUUAUAAUUAUGAAAAAGUUGUUUCAGAAAUAAAUAUGGUUCUAAAGGCUAAAGGAAUUCAACUAGAUACUGAAGAAUUAACUGAUGAUUUCUCUAAUUUAUCUACAUCUGGAGAUGUAGAUGAUGGAACAACAGCUUUUGAUAGUAUAGCUAUGAGUGUAAAAGAUGAUGUAGAUGAAUCUCUUUAUAUUCAAACUGAUCCAAAUGAAACUGAUGGUCUUAUUUCACAAGCCCUGUUAACUGGCAACAUUGCUAGUGCUGUGGAGAUUUGUAUUCAAGACAAUAGAUGGGCUGAUGCUUUGGUUUUAGCUCAGGCUGGAGGAACUCAAAUUUUACAGAAAACACAACGUUUGUACUUUAAAUCCGUCAGUACCAAUGCAUCCAAGUUAAUAUCUGCUGUAGUCACUUCGGACUGGCUAUCUAUGGUAAAAAAUUGCAAUAUAGCUUGCUGGAAAGAAAUGUUAGCUGCAAUUUUGACUUAUGCCAAACCUGAAGAUUUUGCUAGCCUGUGUGAAAUCCUGGGGAAUCGAUUGGAGAAUGAUGCCAAAUUACAGCAGAAUGCUUCUCUCUGUUAUAUAAGUGCUGGAAAUUUAGAAAAGCUUGCUGAAUCUUGGAUAAGAAUUCAUAAAAAUUUGGAUGUUACUACAUUACAGGAUUUAAUUGAGCAGAUCAUGAUCCUGAGACGAGCUGUUGAACAGUUGUCAGGUACUUCCCCACCAAUAGAAACUGGAGUCCUUUCCUCACUUCUUGGACAGUAUGCUGAAUUAUUAGCUACACAGGGAUGCUUAAGCAGUGCUACCACUUAUUUAGUGGAUCCAAAUGAGAAAACAUUGGCAAUCCUACGAGAUAGAAUUUACCAAGCCUUAGGUCAUCGUUCCCCUAACUUUCCUUUCCAACGUGUGGAUGUUGGAAGAUCUGGUUCAAUUUCUCAAGCAUCAUCUCAAUACACGCAACAACCACAGCAAGUAAAUCAAUUUCAAGACAGAAGAAGAUCCUCAACUAAUUUAUCACAGACAUCACAGUAUUCUUAUGGAGGUCCAACUCAACCUGUUCAGAAUAGUUUUGCUUAUCAGUCCAGUUCAACAGCAAUGUAUCAACCAGCACCUGCAUCAGUGGGUGCACCUGUACCUGCAAGUAUGAUGCCAACCUUUACAAAUCCUGCCCCAGCGACUGUUCCACCUCCCCCUGUCCCUGCAGAACCACCAAGUCAAGUACCUGUUAAAAGUCGGCAAAAUUCUGGUGGACCACAUCACUUAUCACAACGCUAUCCUAAACAUUUACAUGAUCCUAGUGUCUAUUCUGAAAAUUCAUUUACUUCGAGUCAACAGUUUUAUCAGCCAACUCCGCAGUUUCCAGUUUCUCAACCACAAGUGAAUUCCUUUCAACCACAGCCUACUUCAAAUUAUUAUUCUCCACCAGAUACAAAUGUAUCUACGAACUUCCCAUAUGCUCCUGUGAGUAAUGCAGGUCCCACGUCUUAUCAACCACCAUAUAGUUCGUAUUCAUCAGUACCUCAGGCACCCCAAUCAUAUGCAAAUCCUACACCUCCUGCUCCUCCAGUUCCAUUGCCAAGUUGCUAUAAUGAAGUUAAACCUGGAUGGAAUGAUCCUCCUCUUCUGAAGCAAUCUACUAAGACUCCUGUUUCAAAUUAUGAGCCUCAGGCACCUAUAACUAGACCAUUUCCUGAUAUGCCUGCCGAACCUCAAAUACCACCACCUUCUCAAAAUAUGGGCCCAGGAGGCUAUUUUGUACCUUCUUAUCCUCCUCAGGUGCAGGCUCCUCCACCUGUAGGUUUCAUGAACCCUAGUCCUAUGGUAUCCAAUGAAAUUCCAGAAGAACCUAAACCAGCACCUGUUAUUGCACCUGAACCACCUAAAGAGAAAGGCCCAAUACCUCCUGAACAUCAAGUAUUGCAGGAUAUUUUUGAGGAUCUCAGAAGGCAGUGUCAGCAAGUAGCAACAAAUCCUCAAACUCGUAGAAAAUUAGAUGAUGUAGCUAAAAAAUUAGAAAACUUGUAUGACAAGUUACGAGAUAAUACACUUUCCAGUGCUGUGACUAAUGGCCUUCAUCAAAUAGUUCAAGCAAUCAUGCAAAGCGAUUAUCAGACUGCUUUGGGCAUCCAUGGACAACUUGUGGCCACUGCAAAUUUUAGUGAAAUCAGUGGUUUUAUGCCGAGUUUAAAAGUGCUUUUACAGACUGCUUCUCAACUUAAUGUUUUCCUUCAGUGAAGAACAGAAUAGGCACUUAAUUUUUUAAUAUAUUGAAGAAAGGACUUUUCACUCCUUAUAGUAUAAUAUAUCUCUAUAAAAUUUUCAUUUUGUUCUUUUGGUAUUCAUUAUAUUAAAUGGCCUCUUUGGGUUUUUUUUUUUU